AUGUCAUACUUACUUAUUAUGUUUUUGGCGUCAUCAAUAAAAGCAGUGAGUGUCCUGUGGCCGAUAAAAUUGGUGGUGGCCAAGUGCUGGGACCCCAACCCGAAGGGCUACUUCACGAUCCCGCGGACGGAGCCGGUGCGGCCGAUCGACCCUGGCGCCUGGGUCGCCCACACUGCGGCUAUCCGAGGCGAGGGCUUUCCACCCCGGCCGCCCAGCGCCACGACCAUCACCUCGACGUCCAGCAGCCUGGCCAGUACAUUACCGGACAACGAGUGGCCGUUCGACGAGCUGGAUCUGUCUGUCAACACCGACAUGGCUACGAUUGUGCGAGCGAUGGCCCGGCCGGACUCGGGCCUCGAGAUACGCGACCGCAUGUGGCUCAAGAUCACCAUACCCAACGCCUUCAUCGGCGCGGACGUCGUCGAUUGGCUGCACACGCACGUCAAGGGCUUUAUCGACAGGCGGGACGCGCGCAAGUACGCCUCCCUGAUGCUGAAGGCGGGAUUUAUCAGGCACACGGUCAACAAAAUCACCUUUUCCGAGCAGUGCUACUACAUAUUUGGGGACCUGUGCUCGGCGAUGAGCAACAUGAAGCUUGACUGCGACACUGUCGGCCCACUGCCGCCGCCCAGCGCCUGGGACAUGCCUUACUCGGGGACUUACGCGCCCCACGCGGCCACGGGCUACAGUCCCAUGCCCUUCAACUUUACGAACGAGCCCACGGUCUACGGCUACCACCGCGACGACAGCCUGCACAGCGGCUCAGGUAUCUUGGCUGAUUCUUCCGAUCGCUUGAUCACUUAG